AUGCCUUCGGACGAGAAACCAACGUUGCGCUGGGGCAUUGUAGCGACUGGCUUGAUCUCAUCUUGGUUCGUUGCCGACUUGAUCAUCGACCGAGAAGAUGCUCAAGCAAAUCACAUCAUCCAAGCCAUCGGCUCAUCCUCCCUAGAGAAGGGCAAAGCAUUUGUCGCAAAGCAUUUACCAAACGUCUCACCAGCACCAACCGUAUACGGAAGCUACGAUGAAAUUUACACCGACCCCAACGUAGACGCAGUUUACAUUGGCACUCCGCACGCGUUCCACAAGAAGAAUUGUCUGGAUGCUAUCAGCCAUGGCAAGAGCAUCCUCUGCGAGAAGACCUUCACGCUCAAUGCCGUAGAGGCAAAAGAGGUGUUUGAAGCCGCAAAGGCCAAGGGCGUCUUUGUCAUGGAGGCCAUGUGGACGCGGUUCUUUCCUCUAGUCAAAACAAUCCAAAAGCUUGUCCACGAGGAUAACGCAAUCGGCCAUGUGCUUAGAGUGAUUUGCGACUUCGCCAUGGAUCAACAUCUUGACUCCAAGGGCCAGGAAUCUCGGCUGAAGAAUUUAUCCUUGGGUGCGAGCUCUCUGCUCGAUAUCGGUAUCUAUUCUCUGACUUGGGGUAUUAUUGGGCUCGAGCAGCCACUAGGUGAUACCCUUAAAGAAGCACAAGAGAAGCCUAGGAUGCUGGCCACUUCGACGCUAUCGGAAGGUGUGGAUGUCGCGACUUCCAUGAUAUUGCAUUACUCCGAUGGGCGGCAAGCUAUCGCGACUUCUCAUUCGGGCGUCGGCGUGAGAACACCGUCAAACUUCUGUAGGAUCGAGGGUAGCGAGGGUAGCAUAGUUGUGGAUGGAGGUGCGGCUUCAGUACCCAACUCGUUCGUACUUCAAAAGCGCGGCAUAGAAGAUCAGAAGUUUGAAUUCAAGAGACCUGGGAAGGGUCUUUAUUGGGAAGCUGAUGCGGUUGCUCUCGAUAUCGCUGCUGGGCGCAAAGAGAACGGGACGAUGCCCUGGGCAGAGACUAUUCGUGUCAUGGAGCUUCUAGACGAAACUAGAAGACAGGGUGGUGUGGUUUUCCCCCAGGAUCCUCAAUAG